AUGAAGCUGCUUUGGGCAACGGCAGCGCCGCUUCACUUUGAGCAGCAAUCUCCAACAGCAAGGCACCGCUGCAAGCACAAUGCCGCUUCGGGCAGUAGUAGUGCUGCCUUGCACAGUGGUGCUCUGGCAGCAAGACACCGAGGUGAAUUGAGGAGAUGGUUUCGGUACCAGAUGAGAGAUAGAGGAAUUUCGAGAAUCCGACAAGAACAGUUAAGUAGCUUGACCCGCCAGAGGAGAAGUUUAGCCGUUUGGGAGUUGCCGGCGACUAGAAUGAGUGCGUCGAGGUUCAUAAAGUGCGUGACCGUUGGUGACGGAGCAGUGGGUAAAACUUGCUUGCUCAUUUCGUAUACCAGCAACACCUUUCCCACUGAUUAUGUGCCAACUGUUUUUGACAAUUUUAGUGCUAAUGUUGUUGUGGAUGGGAGCACUGUUAAUCUAGGGUUAUGGGAUACUGCAGGUCAGGAGGAUUACAAUAGAUUAAGGCCUUUGAGCUACCGUGGGGCUGAUAUCUUUAUACUUGCAUUCUCCCUUAUCAGCAAAGCUAGUUAUGAAAAUGUCUCUAAAAAGUGGAUUCCUGAAUUGAGACAUUACGCCCCUGGUGUUCCAAUCAUUCUUGUUGGAACAAAGCUUGAUCUCCGCGAGGAUAAACAGUUCUUUGCAGACCAUCCAGGAGCAGUACCCAUUACGACUACUCAGGGAGAGGAGUUGAGGAAAAUGAUCGGAGCGGCUGCUUAUAUUGAAUGCAGUGCAAAGACGCAGCAGAAUGUGAAGGCUGUCUUUGAUGCAGCAAUUAAAACCGUUCUGCAGCCAACGAAGCACAAGAAGACAAAGAAGAGUAGAGGUCAAAAGGCCUGCACUAACGGUGAGGAGCUGGAACAACCAUAUGUCCCUUUUCUCAAAGCUCCAUCUCGGAAUAAUCCUGGUCUUGCCGGCGAGAGGUGGCUGCAGGGAUCGUCACUAGAAUCUUCAGAUUCUAAUUUGGUAAGACCGCGGAUUAUGACGGAGAGGAGUGGUGGCCUUGCUCUACUGUGGAAGAAGCAGAAUAUGGCUAGCCUCAUUAGCCUUUCCCGUUAUCAUAUCGAUGUUGAAGUAAAUUUAGUUGGACAACCAAAAUGGCCCCUCACAGGUUACUAUGGCAAUCCGGACCGUAGAAAACCACAUGAGAGCUGGGACCAUAUACUUGCUGCUAAAUCUGUCCUGAAAGAUGGGUGUAGACUUCUAGUGGGUAAUGGCUCCUCGAUUAGAAUCUGGCAUGACCCUUGGCUUCCUAAUCCCCGCCAAGGUUUUGUUACUUCAGAACCAAGCCCAGGAAGAGAAGAUAGUUGGGACUACAAUCUUCUCGCUGAUCUUUUUAAUGAGGAAGAUCGUGGGCAGAUCAUGAAAAUUCCCCUAAUAGCACAUGGGAGGGAAGAUCGAAUGUUCUGGAUUCAUGACAAGAAGGGUGCUUACUCAUUCAGAAGUGGUAUACUUGCUGCUAAAUCUGUCCUAAAAGAUGGGUGUAGACUUCGAGUGGGUAAUGGCUCCUCAAUUAGAAUCUGGCAUGACCCUUGGCUUCCUAAUCCCCGCCAAGGUUUUGUUACUUUAGAACCAAGCCCAGGAAGAGAAGAUGCCACUGUUGAUCAACUUAUCUUAGCAGGGGAAAAUAGUUGGGACUACAAUCUUCUCGCUGAUCUUUUUAAUGAGGAAGACCGUGGGCAGAUCAUGAAAAUUCCCCUAACAGCACAUGGGAGGGAAGAUCGAAUGUUCUGGAUUCAUGAUAAGAAGGGUGCUUACUCAGUCAGAAGUGGGUAUAAGCUAUUGAUGGCAGAUUCUUUCACACACUCUCAUACUACUAUUGAGAGUUUUUGGAACAAAAUUUGGAGAUAUAAAAUUCCAGCGAAGGUUCGAAAUUUAAUUUGGAGGGCAUCGCUAAAUGUUCUUCCAACAACUGAUCAGUUGAGGGCUAAAAGAGUCGACGUUGAUAGCCAUUGCCCGAUUUGCUUAAUGCACGAAGAAUCUGUUCUCCAUGUUUUUGUCUCUUGUGAAUUAGCCCAAAAGGUUUGGGAGACAGUGGGAAUAGCCAGUUCACCCCGCUUGGUUGCUAAUUUCCAAGACUGGCUCACAACUACCUUAAAGAAUCAUCAGCAAGAUCAAGAGAUUAUCGCUAUGCUUUGUUGGGCUAUAUGGAUGAACCGAAAUGAAACCGUUUGGAAUGCUAAGUCGUUUACAGUACUUAAGCAAGAUAAAUUAAACAGUUCAAUUUGCUCAAAUUGUGAUCAUAUCGAGAAUUGA